AUGCAAUCCUCUCGAUUCGAUACUAUCCCCCCUGUUCCACCGAACGAAUUUCGCCAGCUCCUCAUCGAGUUCAGCGCCGAUGCAUCUCCAAGCAAAGUCAGUCUUGAAUCCGGGAUGUACUAUAACGAGAAUGGUCAAAUGAUCACUCCAUCUGUCGUGGAAAAAACGAAGAGGUUUCUCGCUCUCCAACCCGGACAGAAUCACGGCUACCUGCCACCUCAUGGCAACGCGUCAUUCAUCCACCACACUCAGCGUCUCAUAUUUGGCGAGACUUUAGCUCAUAGCCUCCUCCUUUCCGGAUCGGGGUCUCGCCUGGGCUCUCUGCAGACUGUCUCCGGAACUGGCGCCAACCAUCUCGGCGCCCACUUCCUGUCUCAGCACCUGCGUCCGCGCCGCGUCUGGAUUCCUGAUGAAACGUGGGAGAAUCAUCCGGUCAUCUGGCAGCUGGCAAAGGACUGUAUGGCCAAGGGGGCGCAGAAUUUAGAGAUCCGUCGUUACCCGUACCAUGACCAGGAGACUCAUUCCUUCAACGUAGAGCGCAUGAUGGCCAUUCUCGAGCAGGAUGCCCAGCCUAAUGAUGUCCUCCUACUCCAUGCCUGCGCGCACAAUCCCACGGGCAUCGAUCCCACCAAAGACCAGUGGAGAGCUAUAUCCCGCUUCUGCUCCCAGCUAGGACUGUUUCCAUUCUUUGACCUGGCAUAUCAAGGCUUCGCGUCCGGAUCGUUUGAAGAGGAUGCCUGGGCAAUCCGGCACUUUGUUGAAAGCGGCCUCGAACUUUGCGUUGCGCACACCUUCUCGAAGAUGAUGUCGCUGUAUGGCGAACGGGUGGGCAGCUUUCAUCUGGUCGCCUCCUCCGCGGAUGCUGCGGCGCGGGGACUCGACCAGCUAGUCAGUCUCCAGAUGGCAGAAAUCUUUUCCCCUCCGUCCUUUGGGGCCAAGAUUGCCGCCCGGAUUAUGUCCGACCCAGAGCUCUACGAGGAAUGGGCGCAAGACAUUUCCUCGAGACACGCACGCCUGAUGGCAAUGAGAACGGCUCUUCUGGGCGAGCUAAAACGCCUUGGGACCCCGGGGGAUUGGGGGUAUAUAGAGGAGCAAUCCAACAUGGGAGAUUUCAUCGAGAUUCCGGACCGCUGCAUGCCCCCAAAGACUCCCCAAGCACUGCCUUCGGGCAAAGGCAACAUCUACCCGUUAGGCGAUCCACAUGCUGUCAGUGUAUCCCUACCCACAUGGGACUCGGUGAUUGGGUUGUCUCGAAAGGAGGAAUGGGUGAUGGAUCAAUUGGAGUGGAGUUAUCCUCGCACGACAUGUUGCAUGGUCUUUGGCUCGGAUACUGCUGCUCGCAAAUGUGCAGGUAUCUUGGGGUCCAAGGGGCUAUGUUACGAGCAUCGGGCACCCUUACACGUUGUCCGGUUCUUCAUGCCCCCCGAGUCAAAUUCCGGCAAGGCAACUUUUCACUGGGCCAACUUCUCCGUCGUUCUACUCCCAUCAGACCGGUGGAAAGAUGCAAUGACCUUCUGGAGGGACACUGGUAGCGGCCUAUCCACCCGGCACGCGGAAUACUGUCGCGGCGAGAUGGAGUAUCUUGACUCGGGUUCCUCGACCCCGGGUUUUCGCACUGCAGCUCCGCGGAAACGAAAGCUUCAGGAGCUUUUAGAGUUUUCGAACUCCGCUCAAUCGGGGUUGAGGGCUACUCUGGCCCAGCUGGCAACUUCAGACCGGCCCAGCGAGCCCACGGUCCAGAAGGACGAUGUGUUUCUUUACCCCAACGGAAUGAACGCCAUAUAUUCGCUUUCCGAAGCUCUGGCGUCGAUAUCCGGAGGGAAGACAGUCGCUGCCUUUGGGACUCUGGCCGAUCAACAUAAUUCCAUUAUUGCUUGCGACGGUACCGUUGCAGGAUUCGUCAAUUUAGAUGCCCUCCCUUUCGUGGAUGUCAUGGUAUCCAGUUUGACGAAGACUUUCAGUGGCUCGUCUAAUGUCACAGGGGGAAGUCUUGUCCUCAACCCCAAAUCUCGAUAUCACCACGCUAUCAAGGCCGCCCUUUCCGCAAAUUACGAGAACAUAUGUUUCCCGCUGGACAUUGACACAUUGAAGGACAAUUGCCAGAAUAUAGCCUGGCGGGUGAGGCAGUGCAACGAGAACACCCUGCCGCUCGUUGAUCUACUCAGCUCCCAUCCAUCCAUCGCGACCGUCCAUCAUCCAUCGACCGCGCCAACGUCCUCCCUGUACGAGAGUGUGAUGCGCGAGAACGGGGGAGGCUACGGCAACGUGCUGAGUAUCAUUUUCCAUCAGCCCCGUAGCGCCGAGUAUUUUUACAAUACCCUCGAUGUCUGCAAGGGCUCCAGCUUUGGUACCAACUUUACGUUGAUUGUCCCGUACGUCCAGCUAGCCAACUAUUGGAACCGCGACAAGGUCCCGCGAUACGGAGUGCCGCAGCAUAUCCUUCGCUUGAGUGUCGGCCUUGAGGACAAGGACCAGCUACUGGAAACGGUAGCCAAAGCGCUGAGAGGAGUGGAGCAGUUUGAGUCAACCACCAUAGCGUAG